UGUAAGUAGCUAAGAAUGGUGAGACACGGAGAAAGUUGAUUCCAGAUAUGCAUGGAGACAGUGGCCGUAUGAACACGCAAAUUGAUCUCUGAUCGAGCGAGAAUUCGCAAGCACUGACAUCACUCCAUAUAUAUGCUGUGCAUGAACAUUAUUAGUUAAGUUGUUGGUCACUUGGUCGUGUGUUUUGUAGCGAUUAAGGAGAAUGGACAAGGAAGUGGAGCUUGGUUCCCUUGGAGAGGAGGUGUCUACCCAACACAUUACACAGCCACAGAGGCGCAAGGGUGGUCUUGUGACCAUGCCUUUCAUCAUCGCAAAUGAGGCACUUGCGAGUAUGGCAAGUUUGGCCCUUUUGCCCAACAUGAUACAGUACUUGAUGGGAAGUUACAAGCUUCACCUUGCCAAAGCAACCCAGAUACUUCUCUUGUCCUCUGCUACCGGCAAUUUCACCCCUGUGGUGGGUGCUUUCGUUGCUGAUUCUUAUCUGGGUCGAUUCGUCACUAUUGGGUUAGGUUCUGUCAUCUGUUUUCUGGGAAUGUCACUGCUGUGGUUAACAGCUAUGAUCCCACAGGCACGGCCUCCACCUUGCAGCCAUGAUUCUGAAGGCUGUAAAUCGGCAACGGGAGGUCAAAUGGCAAUGUUAAUAUCGGCCCUUGCACUCACGUCGAUUGGAAAGGGUGGUCUAGCAUGCUCCUUGGCAUUCGGUGCAGACCAGGUCAACAGAAAGGAUAACUCCAACAACCGGAGGGUUUUGGAAACAUUCUUCAGCUGGUACUAUGCUUUUGCUGCUAUUUCUAUCAUCAUUGCAUUCACCGUAAUUGUUUACAUCCAAGAUCAUGUUGGAUGGAAAGUGGGUUAUGGAGUUCCAGCAGCACUCAUGCUUUUAUCAACCAUCUUCUUCCUCCUUGCCUCUCCACUUUACGUAAAGAACAAAGUAAAAUCCAGCUUGUUCACUGGAUUUGCACAAGUGAUCACUGUUGCCUUCAAGAACAGAAAGCUUUCAUUACCACCUACGAACUCCCCUGAACUUUACCACCACAAGAAGGACUCCGAUCUCGUUGUUCCAACUGAUAAACUAAGUUUUCUGAACAAAGCUUGCGUUAUUAAAAAUCCGGAACUGGAUAUCGCCUCUGAUGGUUCAGCAUCAAAUCCAUGGAGACUCUGCACAGUAGAUCAAGUAGAGGAACUGAAAGCCAUUAUCAGAGUGGUUCCCUUGUGGUCUACAGGGAUCAUGAUGUCAGUGAACAUCGGAGGCUCAUUUGGGUUACUGCAAGCUAAAUCCCUGAACAGACAUAUCACCUCACACUUUCAAGUGCCACCCGGUUCUUUCAGUGUAAUCAUGGUGCUUUCAAUAUUUGUAUGGAUAGCUCUGUAUGACCGAGUCAUUCUUCCAUUAGCAUCAAAGAUAAGAGGGAAGCCAGUGAGGAUAAGUGCAAAGAGAAGAAUGGGAGUUGGUUUACUUUUCUCUUUUGUUCAUCUGGUAGUUUCAGCAAUCGUUGAGACUACACGGCGAAAAAGAGCAAUCCAAGAGGGAUAUCUUAAUAACGGGCAUGCGGUUCUGCAUAUGUCUGCAAUGUGGAUUUUCCCACAACUUAUCUUGGGUGGCAUUGCUGAAGCAUUCAAUGCAAUAGGCCAAAAUGAGUUUUAUUACACAGAAUUUCCCAAGAGUAUGUCGAGCGUUGCUACUUCUCUUUCUGGACUGGGAAUGGCUGCAGGAAACUUGGUAUCUAGUUUUGUAUUCAGCGUGAUAGAAAACGUUACUUCAAGCGGUGGAAAACAAGGUUGGAUUUCAGACAACAUUAACAAGGGUCGUUAUGACAAGUAUUACUGGGUUAUUUCUGGAUUGAGUGCUCUUAAUAUACUGUAUUACCUACUAUGCAGUUGGGCUUAUGGUCCUACCGUUGAUGAACUGCGUAAGCUAGGUGAAGAAAAUGGCUCAUCGAUGGAGGAGGAAGCUUCAACUGAACUUAGAAAUGGAGGUGAGUUUCACAAAGACUUCAACAAUAGUAAAGAAAAUGGCUCAAAGGAUUAAGUGUUUAUGUAUAAUAUAUUAUACGUUUCUGUGUGCAGAUACGAGUUUUCUGCACAGUUAAAUUGUAACAAUACUAUAAAUGCUGUAGACCAUAAAUUUUAUAAGAAUCCACUCAGCGGUUUUAGUUCUA